AUGAGAUCUACGAGGUCAUCGGCCUCCAGCAUCGCACUUCUGAUCCUCUCCAGAUUCGCCUCGACCACAGUAGCACAGUCACGACCCACAGAUGACGUCUGCUUCGUCGACGUCGGCAGCGAUACCAGCAUCGGCAAUGUCUCCUUCGACACAGUCGUAGCCGACAAACCAGUGUUCUGGGUCGCAACGGUCAAGCACGACAAUGACCGCAUAAUGACACGCCAAUUCCACCUCUUCACAGAAGAUCGGGGUUUGCGGAUAGGCUCCAACACGAGUGACUUUAAUGGAUGUGGGCUCGCCUUGUCUGGUGUGAUGAAGACCGAUCGAAAAGCAAUGCUGCCAGAAGUUGAUGGGGAAGGCGAUCCCGGCUGUGAUAUAAUACUGGGCCAGGAAUGUGCGGCUGCUGUGCUCGAGAGGGCGAGGCAGGAGCUUGAUGAUGUUCUCGGAAAUGCAACCGAUGACGCUGCUCAACAAGUGUGUGGCGAGGUGCGCGAUCGAUUAUUUGCCUCGUCUAGGCCUGAGGGUUGUGAUGUCAAUGUCUGGGCUAGUAUCUCAGAUAUGGUUCUCACCGGGCCAGAAACAGAUGUCAUCAACACGACCUAUGUGCCAGGGGAGGCAGCGGACUGUGGAGAUGAAGCACAAGUGACCGACUUGUACGAUCAGGGUCAGACAUUCGCUCUCUUCCCACUUCCAUCCUUCAAAGUGCCAGAGGACGGAACGCUGGAGGAUGCAGCUGGGUGGGUACGGACGAGCACUCCGAUGAUAUCGCUGUUCUGGGCAGCAGAUGGCUCAGCAUCGAGGCUGGGACAGCUUGACGCCUCCCUGAAUUGUGUCUCGGCGACGAACAGCAAAGAAGCUAUGCUGUCUGGUAGCGGGUCGAGUGAAAGCAGUGCGGAGAGCAGUGCAUCGAGCAGCGUUCCCUUCUCAUCUGCGUAUCUAUUGACGGGCGGUCUGGUGGCCAGUCUGCUGCACGCCCUGGCGUGGGGUUCAUGA